AUGGGAAAUUCACUGCUGGCUGACUCGAACAUCGGGCCUGGUGGCGUUGCCACUUACAACAACGUCACUCUAAUAUUUGGAACGGAUCAGACCCUCACCUACUCUCUGGAUGGCAAAGAUGGCCAAAAGGAAACAUUCGGGGUGGCUCUAACUGCCCCAGCGGGUGCGACUGCCACAUCUUUGAUCCAAUCCGUUUCCCAAUUAAACUCCAUCGUUCUUACAAGCAGCUCCGCAACUUUGGCUUCGAGGCUUCCUCCGGGGUCCCACAACAGAACGAGCCCUGCCGGUAACUCCACGCACCCUCCAACAGAGACGCCUGAGGGAACAAGUAUCUCGCCUGGCGCAGCUGCUGGCAUUGCCAUUGGUUGCUUGGUCGCCGGGGGAAUUCUCGCCACAAUCGUACUCUGGUUGUGGUUGGGACGGGCGAGGAGAUUUCGAAGAUACGCAAAUACGGAAUCAGGUACGGCAGCGUUGAUGUUCCGUGGAGAGAAGGGGCCGACUCCUCAUGUGUCGUCCCUGGGGAGUGGAAGUCCCAUUCCCCAAGGUUUGGACAACAUCUUACCCCAACCCUUGGAAGACAAAGCUAUAACGGCUGGUAUGUCUGGUCUGGGCCUUGCAAUCAAGAACCACGUCCAAAGCUUUUAUCAAACCGGCCGGGUAAGCCCAGGACUACUGGAUUUGGAGGAGCUUCAGGCACUGGGAAGCGAUGCACCAAUCUCGACAGGUACCUUGAGCACGCUCCUCAGUAAUUCUGGGACGAGGGAGGUCGCUCUAAGAUUUUGUACUGCUUGGGUAGUGGUUUCUCGGAUGCAGCUUUCUUCGGAGUUCGAGAAGACGCUUCUACCGCGGGAGUUCGCCCAGUGCUUCCAAGCGAUGGCAAUCGGUAACCGCACUUCACAUGCUCAAGCCUUGUUAUUCGCUCGGUGGCGUGCACUUUCCGCCGAAUUGGCUCAGACAACCUACGUCCGAAAUCCUUUCUCUCAGUCAGACCCUAGGCACCUUAACGUAGAGAAGACUAUCCAUGCUCUUGAUGGGAUCCUUCUUCCCUAUAAAGAUUCGCGAAUGGACAAUGCACAACGAUUGCAGAACCUUCGGGAGAUCCUCAGGCGUGCGGCAAACUUCGCUUUCACGCUCUUCUCACAACCAAGUACGUGGGAUUUUGAUUGGCAGGAACAGCACGGGGUGUUGUCCGGGAGUUUGUGUAUCUUUCCCGCUUUGGUACAGGUCACAGACGAAUUGGGGGAGCCCAUCAAACCACCGCGAGUGUUUACUGAGGCCAUUGUACGACGGCUAGACGGUUGA